AUGGUACGGUCAGAAGGCAAGGCCGCAGGCAAGACCAUACCUGCUAUAUUUCGCGUCGGUGCGGACGCGGUCGAAAAACUACGUGGUAAUUGCUCGAAGAAGAUGGAGAUCUGUGAUGAGUGGGAAGCUUUCAGCAACGAUACCAAAUUUGACCCCCAGGAGUGA